UCGGGCGGAGGGGUGGAGACGCAGGGUGGGGUCACACAGAGGCGGAGGAGAGAAGCGGAGAGAGAGACUCUGAGCCCAACCCCGAACACGGCAACAAACACAGCUGCUGAAACGACGCCGCGUACAAAGCAAAGCGGAUUUUUUUUUUAUUUUGUUUUUUUUUUUUAAUUAUUAUUUCUUUCUUUCCUCUCUCUCUCACACACACACGUAUAUAUAGAUCUAUCAACGCCGAGAUGAUCAAGCGGAGUGUCUGAGUUCCUGAAGCCGACUGUCGCUUCUUUUAUUUAGAUUUUUGUUCUCAAUCCGAAAGCUGGAGCUUAAAAAAAGAAAAAAAACUUGUUAUUUAAAUCCCGCACCCCGCCCGCUGCACUCCACCCCUCUGUACCGCUGCUGCACCCCAGCCUAGCUACCGAGAUGCACACGGAGGCUCGCAAUAACACAUGCCAGCCGAAUCCUGAGAAGUCCAACGCUGCUACCUCAGAGCCCUCCGAGGAGAUGCCAUCCAUACAGAUCAAGCCUGAGCCAGAGGAGGUGGAGUGCACGGUGAAACAAGAGCCUGAGGACGAUUGCCCAGAGCCGACGGACCUGAAACUGAAGUCCUCUCCCCCUCCUCUCUGCGUCAUCAGCACCCACCCGGCCGACGCCGACCAGACCGAGCCCGUGGACCUGUCGCUUAACAAGCCCCGCCCCUCGCUACCUAUCGCUGCCACGCCCGCAGCCACGCCGGUCAACCCUGCGCCAGCGACGGGCGGCAUCAGCGCCAGCGCCACCCUCCCGGCCGUCCUGGCGUCCACGGGCUCCAUCCUGGCCUCGGCACAGAGCGUCGGGGGACAACAGAUCCUACACGUCAUCCACACCAUCCCCUCAAUGAACGUUGCAGGCAAGGUGGGCCAGCUGCAGACCAUCCCUGUGGUGGUACAGUCGCUGCCCGUCGUCUACACGGCCAUGCCCGCUGACGGAGUGCCCACCGCCGCCAUCACCGUCCCCCUCAUCGGCACAGACGGCCGCUCCGAAGGGUCAGUGCGAAUCAAGCCUGGAUCGACGUCCCCGGUGGAGUACCAGAGCGACAGCGAUGCGGAGAGUGGCACAGAGUCCGGAUCAGCCUCCUUCAGAACGCAGGGCAUGGACAACAGCUUAAGCACAGACGUGGACAUCCAAGCAGACCCCGACUCGCCCGACAUGAAGAGACGGCGAGUGCACAUGUGCGACUACGACGGCUGCAACAAAGUGUACACCAAAAGCUCUCAUCUGAAAGCUCACCGCAGAAUACACACAGGAGAGAAGCCGUAUCAGUGUACGUGGGAGGGCUGCACGUGGCGCUUUGCCCGCUCCGACGAGCUAACGCGUCACUUUCGCAAGCACACGGGCAUCAAGCCAUUCCGCUGCACUGACUGCGACCGCAGCUUCUCACGCUCCGACCAUCUCGCCCUCCACCGGCGCCGCCACGUCAUGAUGUGAGCCCGGCUUCGCAUCAUUCCAGCUCAGUUUAGCCCCGCCUCCUCUUCCCACUAUUUUCUCCUCAGGAGGCUCCACCCUAAUCCCCCUCCCCGCCCCCACCCCCACAGAAAGGGCUGAGAGAACUGUGAAGCUGUCCCUUCCUUCCUUCCUUCCUUCCUUCCUUCCUCAGAUCCGCAUACGAUGAAGAUAAACGCCGCAUGUCUCUUGGGGUCGUUCUCCCACACAGUCACGUCAAAAAAGAAAUCCGCUCGUCCGUCCCGUUCUCAUUUAGUCCAGGUCACGCCGUUGCAACGCUCGCUCCAGCGGGGGAGCCGGACCGGUGAGAUGCGCUGCAGAGAGCAGACUGAAGGCGUGAGGGUUCGUCUGAACCCGUCACGAUGACGAGACACGAGCGGAGCAGAACCGGACGACAGAGAGGACGCGAGAAGAGAAACGAAACGAGUUUACACAAUACGAGUCUCUUCUGAUCAUUUGAUUUGUAUGUUUUACCUGAACAUUUUAGUCUUUAUAGACGUUUAUUAUUAUUAUUAUUAUUAUUAUUAUUAUUAUUAUUAUUAUUAUUAUUAUUAUAUAUAUUUUUUGGUUUGCAUGAUCUAGCUCUGUUGUGUUGAGUCAUUUGAAUGCUUGCGUGUGGCUUGAAUGUUCACGUGUAUUUUUUUUUCUCUUCUUUUUCUUUUUAAAAUAAGUCCUACCCCCUAUUUUACGAACAAAUAUUUCCGUCUUUUAUCAGCUAUCUUCCCCGCACCACCCGAGAGGUAGAACGCGAAGACUGUGAAUUUUUUUUUUUUUUUUUUGGAAAUAUUGGCUAAUUCUUUUCAUCAUUUUUUUUUUGGUUAGUUUUUGGAGGUUUUUUUGAGAGAGCGCGCGAGAGAGAGAACGAGAGAGCGCACGAGAGAGCGCACGAGAGAGAGAACGAGAGAGAGAACGAGAGAGAGAACGAGAGAGAGAACGAGAGAGAGAACGAGAGAGAGAACGAGAGAGAGAACGAGAGAGAGAACGAGAGAGCCUCACUUCAAGGCCUCACUUCAAGGCCUCACUUCAAGGUUUUCAGCAAGAUAUGAAGUUCCUGAACUUGUGAAGUUUAUGGAAUUUUGGGUUGGGAUAUCACAACAAAGCAUCUUCCACAAAACCAACAAACAAACAAAAUAUAUUUGGCUUGGUAACAGUAUUUAUAUAUAUAUAUAUAUGUAUAUAUAAAGUAAAAUUAAAAAGUAAAUCCAAAUGGGGUUAGGAUAGGAAAUACGGGCGCUUGAUAACCGUGAGAGUGUGUGUGUGUGUGUGUGUGUGUUUUUCUAUGAAACCUAAUCAGAGUUUUAAUAGUAGAGGUGUGUGUUCUAGGCACAUAUUGUUCACGCCCAUCAGAGCCUUAAUUGAAGUAAAUGUGCAACUCGUGUAUUUUGCGCAUCUGGUUUGGCGGAGUUCCUCAGGGUUCUGGGUUGGGACCCCUAGUAAAGUAAGGCAAAAAAAAAAAGAAAAAAAAGACAACAUCGAAAAAACAAACAACCAUCUUUUUUUAUAUAUAAAUAUAUAUAUGGAUCAACAGCAACCACUUCUUAAAGGAACAGUUUUAGCUCCAGCCCUGGUUUCACUCGACUAUGCAAAAGUGAGACCCGGACCUUCCCCUCGACCUCCGUGGCGAUUAUCGGAUUAAAAAUCGUAGAGCACAGUCCCGUUCAGAGAGGACGAUUUAUUCGACCUCGUCCCUAUCCCGUCACGCUAGCGCGUGUCGUCGCGGUCGUCGUUUCAACAGCUAGCAGAUUACGAAGACGUACGCGUCAGGCCUUUUAUUUUGUUUGUGGAAGCUAAACGCAGCGUGUUGGAUUCCAGCCUUCAAGAGUUGACUGCAUGUUCGGUGGGGUGGGGGGAGGGGUUCAAAUAAAUAAAUAAAUAGAAACAAAUUAAAAUAAUCUUUGAUCCAGUGCAAUCUUCAGACGUCAGAUCUAUUCUCAGUCCUAUUCUCUUUGCUUCAACUCUAAACCUAAGCACAUCUUUGUAGAAAAGUAUAUGCAUUCGAUUGCGAUCCUUUUUUUUUUAAAUAAAUAAACUGUUCAUAGGCAUACAGACAAUUAUAAAUAAUUAACGAAUACAUGUAAAUAUUGUAUAUAAUCAAAGUUCUGAAUAAACGUAACGGGUGGAUUUCUAUUUUUAACACUGACUAGACAAUGUGAAAAAAAAAAUUCUUUCUUUUUCCCUUUGUUGGCUCAACAAUGUGUUGUUUUUUUUUUGUUUUGUUUUGUUUUUUUUUUUCUAAAGGGAAAAAAAAUCCCUUUUUAAUCGGAUGUGUUGUAACUUUUUUUUUGUUUUGUUUUGUUUUGCAUGGAGAGAAUUUUCUUUGUGAAGUCGCUGAGCAUGUCGGUGACCUGACGGUGGCCUGUAAGCACUGAUGAUCCAUCUCUGAUACGGCGUGGCAUUUCCUGUGCAAUUAAAGCCAUUCUUUGCACGUUUAAAAAAAAAAAAAAGCAAAAAAAAAAAAAAACACAAAAAAAAAACAACAACAACAACAAAAAAAAAAAACAGCUACUACCUGACUUUAGUGACGCUCUGUUUAUAAAUAGGCACAGUACUCAGAACGACCCUUUGAUCAAAUGAAAUGUGCGUCGUCUCGGUUCCGUGCGACCGAAAUGCCAUCAGGAACCUCCAGUAGGAACUCUUGUAGAUGAAUUUUAUUUCCAAACCGACCCAUUUUAUGACCUUCACUUGUAUUUUAUGUCUCGUGACUGAACUGAACAUCUUUUUCAAGCAUGUUUACUCAUUUUCAGUUUGAGUUCAACAAACACACAUAUAUCGGGUUUGCUUUGCGCGAGUGUACGCGAGCGUGUUUUUCCUCUCUCUCUCUCUCUUUUUUUUUCUUUCCCUGUUUGUUUGUUUUUGUUUUGUUUUUCAAGGUCGGAAUCAUAGGUAUUUUAUAUUGAAUGCAGUAACUUAUGGGCCAGUACUAUAUUACUCAGUGCAAUGCAGUUAUCCUGAUAAUAAUACAAGUAAUUAAUGUUAUUUCUUUUGUAUUUGUACAGAACAAAUGUGUAAAGAUCAGUGAGGCGAACACAAGCUUUUUGAUACUGUGAGAAAUGGUGUUAAAAGUCAGUUUCCCCUGUACAGUCGUGAUUCUCUACGCCUUUUAUAGAAUAAAGUGUUUUUUUGGGUUUUU